UUGUCAUUCGGAGCGCAUGAAGGAAAGCCCAACAGAGACAGACCAGUCCACUCGCUGAUGCCCUGGACCUGCCCAGAAACACAGCGACUACAGCUCUGAACUCCACACAUCUCAGCGUUAACUCAACUCUUAGACACCAGGAACAUCUGGAGCAGGACUGAAGAGCCGACGCUGGCCGCAGCUGCACGGGUUUUUUUUUUUUAAUCUUUCUCUCUUUUCUGUGCGACCAGGAGAAAAGUGCCGCGUCCUUGAAAUUCUAAGUUGAAAGAGAAGGAGAGUGAGAGAGUUCCACUUGACGGCCAAAUAAAUCUCGCUUUGAGUACUUCAUCACGGGAGGUGAAUGGACCUCCACCGCCCUUUCAAGAUGGACAGCCCCUCCUACCUGCCCGCUCCACUGGCCUCCCCUGCCCUGAUGGUCCUUGCCUCUACUGCUGAGGCCGGCCGAGAUGCCUCUGUCCCCUGCCAAGCGCCCAGGCCCUUCGGUGUCCCUGCUUCAGUGGAGAAGGACCUCCACCUCCCCUUCCCUUCGGCCUCCUACACCUUCACCUCUAUGUAUCAGCGCCAGGGCCCAAUGUCAGGCACUUUUCCUUCCCGUGAUUUCCCAGCCUCCCUGCUCCACCUGCACCCUCAGUUCACCCCACCAAAUCUGGACUGCUCCACCCUGGGCAUGCUCAACCACAGCGGGGUGGGAGCCUUCCGACCUUUCUCCUCCCCACAAGAGGAGAGGGAGCCGGGGAGUUACCAGUCGGCUUUCACCCCUGCCAAAAGGCUGAAAAGUUGCUUUCCAGAGGUGGAGGGGAAGGAGUUUGACUUCAGCUCCCUGGGAGGCUCCCUCAAAGUUGGGGAGGACUCAGGGAGGAAGCUAUUCUCCAUGUCCGGCCUGCUGUCUGAUGGAGAGGCUUCACUGAGCCCGGAGGAACGUAAAGAGCACAGUAAGGUGAAGGGUCUCUAUGAUGCUCAGGCCCCAGUGUGUCCGGUCUGCAAAGCCAUACUGCGACCUGGGGAGCUGCAAGACCACAUGGAGCAGGAGUUAGCUAAACUCACCCAACUACAAAUCAGUGUCACUCCAGGGCAGCAUGACCACCUCAUUAGGACCCCAAAGUGUCUUUCUCUGCAUAUAAAGCAUGAAGGAGGUUCUCCCACCUCAACUCCUCGUCCAGCUGAGGACACCCACUCCGACCGAUACCAGACAUUUCUCCGUGUGCGGGCGAACAGACAUACAAGACUAAAUGUUGAUGACCUCUGCUGGUGCAGGUGCUAUGUCAAAUCUGCCCCAUUACGCCCCCACAGCGCAGGAGCUCACCUAGACUGCACACAAGCUGUCAGGAUCAGCAAGCUGAAGAGGAGGAAACCAGGGGAGGGACAGGAGGGUUUGGCGGACUUGGUGCCAUUGGAGGAUGAGUGGAAUGAGAGGAGAAGGAUACAGAUGACUUCUGUAGUUGGAGGGUUCAAAGGUGCAAUGCUGGUUAGCACAACCUCUAAGGAGUGUCGAGACAGCGAUGCCGACCUGGACGUGGAUGGAGACGAUACUCUGGAGUACGGCAGAGCACAAUACACAGAGACAGAUGUGAUCCCCUGUUCAGGAGAAAGCUCCAAGGAGACAACACUGAACAGCAGCAGCAGCAGCGUGUUGCCCGACUCUAGGAUGAACCUAGACUUUCCCAAAUGGUCAAAUGACGGGAGUCCAUCUACCAGCAGUGGAGAAAAAGUACAUGGCAGCAUAGCUGGUCUCCCCAAAACCUGCAAAAACACUGAGAUAGAGAUACUCUCAGAGGACUCCACACUGACAACUCUGGACGCACUUAAAGCUCGAAUACGGGAUUUGGAGAAACAGUUGUCUAAAGGAGACAGAUUUAAAUGCCUCAUCUGCAUGGACACGUAUACGACCCCACUCACCUCCAUCCAGUGUUGGCAUGUUCACUGCGAGGAAUGCUGGCUUCGAACGCUGGGAGCUAAGAAGUUGUGUCCUCAGUGCAACACCAUCACCUCACCUGGAGACCUGAGGCGGGUUUACCUGUGACUCAGCCACAGGGGAGGGGCUUCUUCCAUUUUAAGGGGUGGACUUGUGGACAGCUGGCCUGUCAUAGACUCCUGCCUUCCUCAUCCUUCUCCUCUUCCUCACACCUUUGUGGACCUUUCUUUUCAAUAGUGAACUCCUAACAUCCACUAACCCCUGACAAUUUGAAGAACAGCAGAACCUCUGACCGUUAUUUACAACCCUGUACAAAAUUCACA